AUGCCUUCUAUCAACGGACUAGACAAUCAUGACGGUUCCAGAGAACUAUGGCGACACUCGUCUCCACAAGACACCAAGAUGUAUGACUUCAUGAAAAGAGUGAGCCAAAAGUAUGGUGUCUCUCUUGACGGCUACCAUGAUUUGUGGCAAUGGAGUGUCUCGGAGCCCGCUAAAUUCUGGGAGGAUGUUUGGCAUUACACCGCUGUGAAAGCUCAUAAACCAUAUGAAACGGUUUUGGAAUCAGACCAGCAGCUCUUCCCCAGACCAGCCUUCUUUGCCGGUGGCAGGCUCAACUACGCUGAGAAUCUUCUCUAUCCAGCCAGCUCUCCCAAUGAGAAUGCAGUAGCCGUUAUCUCCGCUACUGAGUUGGAUCGUGAAUAUGUCUCGUGGAAAGAAUUACGGGACCGGGUACGACAGUGUGCCAAUGCCCUCAAGGAGGCUGGACUGCAGUCAGGGGACCGCGUAGCCGGUUUCCUCGGCAAUCAUGUCAACACUGUUGUCGCCAUGCUGGCGACGACCUCCAUAGGCGCUUUCUGGACUGGCGUUUCCCCUGACACUGGAGUUCAUGCCGUGUUAGAGCGUUUGAGACAGAUAGAGCCAAAGAUUCUCUUCGCAGACAACGCAUCACUAUACAACGGUAAAGUCCACAGCGCUCAAGCCAAGGUCCAGCAGAUUGUUUCUGAUCUGCUGCUUCUGGAACGGCUGGUCGUGUUCGAGACAAUCAAGUCUCAUCAAUUCGACCUUGCGGAGCUGCAGCCUCAGCAGGGAAAGGCUUAUAGCUACGAUGAGUUCCUGUCGACGGCUAGCAAUCCAUCAGCUCCGUUAGAAUUUGCAAGCUUAGAGCCUGACCAUCCAGUGUAUAUCCUGUACUCCUCGGGCACAACCGGGGCUCCGAAGCCAAUUGUCCAUGGUGCUCUGGGGACACUGUUGCAACACAAAAAGGAGCACGUUUUGCACUGCGAUAUCUGUCCCGGUGAUCGCUUGCUUUAUUUUACUACAGUUACCUGGAUGAUGUGGCACUGGCUUAUCGGGGCUUUGGCUAGUGGUGUCACCAUUGUCACCUACGACGGUUCUCCUUUCCGGCCAUUCGAUGCUGAAGGAGGAAAUGGAGAGAUGGCAAUGCUGCGUCUCAUCGAUGAACUGCAAAUCACACACUUUGGGACCUCUGCUAAGUACCUUUCUAUCCUGGAGCAGGCGUCUCUAAACCCUAGGAAACAUCCUUAUCGACCAGUGACUCUACAGACUCUAAGGGCAAUCUUCAGUACCGGCUCACCUCUUGCCCCUUCGACGUUCGAAUAUGUCUACUCAUCCGUCCACCCUGACAUUAUGCUGGGCUCUAUUACCGGUGGCACUGACAUCUUGUCGUUAUUCUGUGGAAGCUGUCCCAUUUUGCCUGUUCACAAAGGCGAAAUCCAAUGCCGCUGUCUGGGGAUGGCCGUUCACGCUUUCGAUUAUGCCGGAAAGGAUAUAAGCGCGUCUGCAGAUCCAGGAGACCUUGUCUGCACGACACCAUUUCCAGCCCAACCCGUCAUGUUCUGGCCACCUGGCCCGGUGGGAGCGGAGAAGUACCGAAAGAGCUAUUUUGACGUUUUCGGAUCCUCGGUCUGGCACCAUGGAGACUUUGUACGCCUCAACCCUGUUACAUGGGGCGUAACAAUGCUGGGUCGAAGCGAUGGAGUCUUAAAACCCGCUGGCGUCCGGUUCGGCAGCGCAGAAAUCUACAACGUCCUUCUCAAACACUUCGCAGAGGAAAUCGAAGACUCGUUAUGUAUUGGCCGCCGACGAGAAGGAAUCGACACAGACGAAAUUGUCGUCCUGUUCGUGAAGCUAGCCUCGAACAGUCAUGCUAAUCCAAUCAUACCUGCGGAGCUUGCGGCACACAUCCAGGGUACAAUCCGCAAAGAACUGAGCGCGCGUCAUGUUCCAGCUGUUGUGGCCGCUUGUCCGGAGAUUCCUGUGACUUCCAAUGGCAAGAAAGUCGAAAACGCAGUGAAGCAGAUCUUGUGUGGAUUGAAUAUUAAAAUAGGAGCAAGCGUUGCCAAUGCUUCUUGUCUUGAUUGGUAUCGCGCUUGGGCUUUACAGAAUCCUUGA